AUGGUUCAAGGUGGGGACUAUAUUUUAGUAGUGCCGUCUUAUUUGAGAAAUACAAAAACAAAUGCACGAGACAUAGGUGUGACCAAGGACUCCGAUUUUCAAAAUGUUUACAUUGAUGGCACUGAGACUCGUGUUGUUUUAAAUUUCUGUACAAUAUUUAACUGUACAGUUGAAAUUGAUACAACAGACGCAAACGAUUGGGGCAAUGUUUAUCCAAAUAUGUCUGGGGAUGGUGCCCUCGGUAUGGUUAUACAACAUAAAGCCGAUAUCUGUAUUGGUGCAAUGUACUCGUGGUCUGAAGAUUACACAUAUUUAGAUCUCUCCGUGUAUCUUGUGAGGUCUGGAAUAACAUGCCUUGUUCCAGCUCCAUUGCGGAUAGCUAGUUGGCAUCUACCUUUAGAACCUUUCCAAAAACCUCUAUGGGCUGCAAUCCUGUUAUGCCUAUUUAUAGAAGCUAUCGGACUAAUUUUAGCAUAUAAAAGUGAGCAGGAACUGUACGUACCACCAAAAAACCCUGGUGGAUGGUGGACUUGCACAAAAUUCGGGAUUUCUACUACUUUUAAGCUUUUUAUAUCGCAAUCAGGAAAAAGCAAAGCCAAUUCACUUACAGUUCGUCUGUUGCUCUUGGUCUGCUUUCUAAAUGAUUUAAUCAUUACCAGCAUAUAUGGUGGUGGCUUAGCCAGUAUAUUGACAGUACCCAGCAUGGACGAGGCAGCUGACACAGUCCAGCGUCUGCGAUUGCACCGAUUACAGUGGGCGGCCAACUCUGAGGCAUGGGUCUCAGCCAUACGCGGGUCGGAUGAGUCAUUAGUGCGAGAUUUGUUGUACAAUUUUCACAUAUAUAGCGAUGAUCAGUUGCUUCGAUUAGCUCAGGAGCAGAGGGUGCACAUUGGAUUUACAGUAGAGCGUCUGCCGUUUGGUCACUUUGCUGUCGGCAACUAUUUGGUGCCUCAAGCGAUUGACCAGUUGAUAAUUAUGAAGGAUGAUCUAUAUUUCCAGUAUACAGUUGCUUUUGUUCCCAGACUUUGGCCUCUCUUAGAUCAAUUCAAUUCGAUGAUUUAUAGUUGGCAUUCGUCAGGACUCGAUAAGUACUGGGAAGAUCGUGUAGUAGGUGAUAACUUAAACCUAAAGAUACAAAAGCAACUCGAAGAAACUAUGUCUAAAAAUAAAGGAGAUAUUGGUCCGAACAUGCUUGGAAUGUCUAACUUUGCUGGAAUAAUACUUGUGUGGAUAUUAGGAUCAAUUGUUGCUAUGCUGUCCUUUUCUUUAGAGCUUAUAUACUUUAACUUGAAAGUCAUAAAAUAGUUUAAA